AUGUGAGGACCGGGACUAUGAUUGGUCCCUCCAUGACAAGGACUUAAUUUUGAAUUUUUCUUUAUGGCGUGGAAGAGGCUACUCCCCGGACUCCAUCUAAUCUUCAGGCUUUUAGACUAAAAUCAUGCCCAAGUACAAACAGCGAAGAAGAAAGCUAAAAGCCAAAGCCAAAAGAUUAUUCAAAAAGAAAGAAGCCUCUUACUUCCAUUCCAAGCUACUUACAUCUCCCUCUCCACCAACUUCAUCAGAAAAAGUAGUUACUUCUUCAAUAGACAUACCUCAAAGUAGAAACUGGCUGAAUCUAUCCUGCAACUUCAAGUUUCCCAAUAUAAAAGAUGCAACCAAACUUUGGACAAAUAAAGCAUGGUAUCUAUAUAGUUGGUGCCAAAGCUGCAUAGCCCAGAGUUUAGAAGUACUGAAAGAUACCAUCUUCCCAUCUCGAAUCUACCACCGAGAACUUCACAGUCUGAAACAACAGUUAUGCAUUUUGGAAAAUGAGUUAUGUAAGCUUCAAGAAACAAUGAAGACUGUGUCAGAAAAUUCUUGUCCAGGCCAUUGUCAAAAGUGUCACAUGAGUGGUACACUCACAAAAGUUCCUGCCUGUGUUCCAACUGCUGAUGGAGAAUCCCAAGCUGAACUCCCUCCCCCAGUGCCCAAGCCAGCUAGCCAUCUUCCUCCCCCUCCCCUUCCUCCUCCCCCCCCACCUCCACCUCCUCCUCUUCCUCCUCCUCCACCACCACUGGCUCCUUUGCUGCUCAGAAAGUCUGCUGCUACUAAAACUCUUCAGGCUGGACCGUUAAAAAAAGAAGGACCCAUGCACAUAACAGUUAAAGAUCUACUGACUGUGAAAUUAAAGAAGACUCAGAAUACUGAUGAAAGGAGGAAGCUUAUACCAUCACCAGAGGAAUGGAAUCCACUAGUUACUGUCACUGACCUGCAACGUGUUACACUGAAGCCUAACCCCAAAGUGUUAUCAGCACGAGUUACAAAUGUCUUAAUUACUCCUGGUAAAAACCAGAUGGAUCUGCGGAAACUGCUUAGGAAAGUUGAUGUAGAAAGGAGCCCAGGAGGAACCCCUCUUACUAAUAAAGAAAAUAUGGAAACAGGAACUGGACUGACCCCAGUAAUGACCCGGGCUUUGAGGAAAAAGUUUCAGCUGGCUCACCCUAGAAGUCCAACUCAGACUCAACCAGUUUCUACAAGCAGCUUUGACGAACAAAACUGAGGCGGAUGGAUCUGUCUGAUUCCAUGUAGUGAUCCACAAAAUACACAGUUAAAAAUCAUCCAAAUCCUUCUUUAUGUUUUUGUGUGCCAGUCCUGGGGCUUGAAUUCAGGGCCUGAGAGUUGUCUCUAACCAUUUUUUUUGCUCAAGGCUAGUGCU